UUAAAAACUUUAAAAAUCUCGUCUCUAUGGCAAAUUCACAACGUAAACCACUCAAAAAAUACAAGGACAACAAAAACAGCUUGACCAAAUGGGAGCAAGAAUUGGACGAAAAAUUGAAGGAUCGCAAAGGUUUUUGGCAACAUCUCGAAGAAAUUCAACGUGACCACCCUCGGCCUAGCUACUCUUUUGAUGGAAAUGACUUCUUUUUGGAACAAGAAGAGGACAAAAUUAAAUUGAGUAAGGAUUUUGAAGAAAAGAAGAAAUAUAUGGAAUUUGUUUUUGAAACGUAUUUGAGGCAAGAAAAAGAAGAAGGAGAAGGGAAGGAAGCUGAUAAGGAGUCUGAUAAAAAUGCUGAUGAUGGCUGGCAAAAAUUUCCUACUUUGACAGAGAUGCUUUUCGCAAUAGAUCCAAGCUUGAACACCCUUGGAGGUUCACCUGAAGGCGAUGGGAAGGUCAAAAUGGAAGAGCUUGACACAGAAAUUUUUGAGGCAUCAUCUCCCUCAAUUAUUCUAGCCAAUGAGCAACCUUUGACGCCAGGGCCCAAGGAUGUUCAAGUAAAAAAUGAAUCGAAUUAA